UGGAAGGGCCGUGGGCUGGACCUCUCACUCCUGAUCAACACCGAUUGGGAUUGACCUCGGAGGAAGGAAGAGAACUAGUGCAAGACUGCACUGCCCGUUCCCAAUUCCCUAAGUCCACCCAAAAGAAUACCAUGGUCGAUGGUAUCGAAAGCCGCUGAGAGGUCAAGAACGGCAAGGGUGGAUGUGCUACCCCCAUCCCGCUCCUGCCAGAGAUCAUCCAUGAGUGCGACCCAUGCCGUUUCCGUCCGGAAUCCGGGCCUGAAACCCGACUGAAAAGGGUCCAGAUAAUCCGUUUCCUCCAGGAUCCUCUGGAGCUGCAACACCGUCUGACUCCCAGCGACUCCUAAGUUUGGGGUUUCAUUUCAGUCAGGCAAAAUCAUUGAGGAAGAAGGAACGAUGACCUGAAUUGCACCCACCCCUCACUCCCCGUGUUCAGCAGCAGUCUACCUCUGAAUAGCCCUUGGUUGGGGGCAACCAGCUGCCGGGCUGGUCUCUGCUCCGGCAGGGUGCAUACAAUCUAGAGAGGUGGUAGGGCCCAAAGCAGCUUCCCUUCGAGUGGAAGCUCAUUUCUUCUGAUACUACUGCUUGGUUGGUAGAUUGCAUGGUGCACCCUGACGCAUGGAAACAUACCAGCUUCACGCAGAGGGCGGGUGGCCUGAGUGUGAAGGAAGGAGGCAGAAGAGGAAAUCAGAUGGUGCCGCAGGCAGACGCUAUGCUGAGACUUCGGCUUUUGACCUGGGAUGUCAAGGACACGCUGCUUCGGCUCCGUCUCCCUGUGGGCGAGAGCUACUCUGCCGAGGCCCAGGCCUUUGGCCUCCAGGUGCCGGCUGAGGUGCUCAACCGCUCGUUUUCCCAGGCCUACAAAUCCCAGAACCAGCGUUUUCCCAACUAUGGCCUGGGCCAGGGCCUCAGCUCCAAGCAGUGGUGGCUUGGGGUUGUCUUGGAGACCUUCCGACUUGCCGGAGUUCAUGACAGCAGUGUUCUCCGGCUCGUUGCUGAAAAGCUCUACCGGGAUUAUAGCAGCCCUAAGAACUGGGAACUGCUCCCGGGUGCCAGUGAGACGCUCCGGUGGUGCCAGCAACUGGGUAUCCCCAUGGCAGUGGUCUCCAACUCUGACCGGAGGGUACAAGAGAUUCUGAGCCAGUGCAACCUUCGGCAAUACUUCCAAUUCGUCUUGACCUCGGAAGAAGUGGGGUUUGCCAAGCCAGACAAGCGGAUUUUUCUGAAAGCCCUCCACAGUGCGAAGGUGGAGCCCCAGCUGGCUGCUCACGUGGGAGACCAUUACGUGAAUGACUACCUGGCUGCAAGGAAGGCUGGACUGCACAGCUUCCUGUUUAAAAUGGCUGAGGAGCCGAUUGAGAGUGACAUGGAGGUGCCAGAAAACCACCUCCUACCUUCACUUUCAGAUCUACGGGGGCGGAUAGAGAAAGGCUAAAGGAAGUGGCUGGAUUUCAGCAGUUGUAUCUAGGGGAGGAAAGAGCAUUUUUAACAAAUGUUAACAUUAACCAAAUUAAGUUCAAUAAAACCUACAUCCCUGCUUGUAAGA